AUGUAUCCUGGCAGAAACAAGAUGUAUCGAGAUCUUCAUGAGUUAUACUGGUGGCCAGGUCUUAAACGGGAGGUUACUGAAUUUGUGGCCAAGUGUUUGACAUGUCAGCAGGUUAAGGCUGAGCAUCAGUUCCCUUCGGGAUUGUUUUGGGAGGAUUACUUGCCGCUAGCAGAAUUUACUUAUAACAACAGCUAUCAGUCUAGCAUUCAAAUGGCACCCUACGAGGCAUUAUAUGGCCAUAGGUGUCGCACACCUUCAUGUUGGACUGAGUUGGGCGAGCAGCGUAUUCUGGCCCCUGAGCUAGUUUCUGAUAUCGAGGAUAAAGUUAGGUUGAUUCGAGACCGACUAAAAGCAGCAUCUGAUAGGCAAAAGUCCUACGCCAACCUGAAGCGUCAAGAGAUUGAGUUUUUAGUGGGACAUUUCGUUUUUCUCAAGGUCUCGCCGUAG